GAGAGUUCGAGAUGUUCCUGUUUACUUCUUCUGCAAGUUCUCAUGGUUUUGCCGUUCUCUGGAGUACCAUGGUCUCUGGAGUCUGGUUCGUUUCAAUUUCUACAUUCAAUGGAUUGAGUUGGACUGGACGUCAAUGUGUCAACUUGGAAUCAUCGCUGUGGCAGAGGUACGUCCAUCUUGUCAUCUGUCGCCCUCGUGAGAUUAUGAUUAGAACUGAAGAUUAAACCCAUCAGUGCAAUGUCGGAACAGCGACUUGGGCAUCAGAUGCCGGAUGGGACCAUGAGGUUUGUCAGCGCUUCACGUCGGCGUUGCUGCUCAUGGGUCUUGGUCGGCUGUGGUAGUGUGCUGUUGCUGAUAGGUGUUACUCUCUUUGUGUUUGGUUUGGCACCGAGUGGUCGUGCCUUGUGGAGUCAAAUAAAAUGGCUCGGUGUUGCAUGCGGAGUUAUUGGACUGGUUCUGCUGGUUGGAUCUGUAGUGUUAUACUUCAAAGCUACUGGAACCAAGGAUGCCAGACAGUAUCCAGUGGAAAGGGUUCAUUCAAAAAGAAUAGGUGAGCACAGAAAGUCCACUUCAAGCAACAAACAUAAAGAGAGUGUCAACAGACGUCAGGAGACGGUCAACAGCUGUAAUUAGAGUGUCAACGCCGUCAAUAGACUGUCAAGGGUCGUCCAGAGAGUGUCAACGGCCGUCAAGAGAUUGUCAACAGCCGUCAAGAGAGUUUAAACAGACAUCAAGAGACUGUCAAAGGGUCAUUCUUUCUGGUAAUUUUCAGACCAUCUUCAGGGGAUUCCGAUAUCUUUUUCUACAGUCCUACCCAUAAAGGAGACGAUUAAGAGCUGUAAUGCAUUGAUUGAGAUGUGUGCCUUUUUAACUGUUUAUUUGCAGAAAUGUUUGAUUACAAGACGUUUUAAAAAGAAACUAUUUAUGACCUUCCUUAAGGCCUUGUACUCAACAGUACCUAUCCUACAUCUUACAAGAGUCCAGUACCUAUCCUACAUCUUACAAGGGUCCAAAUGUUAUGCCUCAAAGGCACUGGACACUAUU